AUGCCAAUGGUGACCGAUACGCUGGAUACCGAUGCGAAACCCGCUGAUAUCCUCAAUGGCGACGUGACUUUGCCUGCUGGCCGGGCAGAAGGUUCAUUGGACCCGGAGUCGGAUCUAGAGGUCCCUGUCGACGCAGAUGAGCUCAAAGAUGCGUUGGGGCGCCCGCCACCAGUUCACAGCGACUAUCUCCCUCUUCCUGGAAAGGACGCCUUGGAUAUACACCCUCUCCAAGACCCUGAGCAACCCCCACAUCCAACAAAGAAUCGCCCGGAUCGAGAUCAGCCCGCAGACGUCGCACGCGGCCAGGCCUUCGUCGAAUCGCUCGGGCUGGCAAAUGCAGGCGACCUGGUAAAGCUUAUCCGAUGGAAUGAUAAGUAUGGCAUCAAGUUCAUGCGACUCAGCAGUGAGAUGUUCCCAUUCGCUAGUCACAAGGAAUAUGGCUAUAAAUUGGCUCCUUUCGCCUCCGACGUCCUGGCCGAGGCAGGAAGAGUUGUGGGAGAACUUGGCCACCGGGUCUCUGUUCAUCCUGGUCAGUUUACGCAGCUAGGCUCUCCCAAACGGGAGGUGGUGGAAAGCUCCUAUCGCGACUUGGAAUACCACUCGGAGAUGCUGCAACUGCUCAAACUCCCUCCUCAGCAAGAUCGUGAUGCCAUCAUGAUUCUACACAUGGGAGGAGUCUUCGGUGACAAGGCUGCUACUCUGGACCGGUUCCGAGAGAAUUAUGCUGUCUUGUCAGAGGAUAUUAAGAAACGACUCGUCCUCGAGAACGAUGAUGUCAGCUGGACUGUGCAUGAUCUAUUACCCAUUUGCGAGGAGUUGAACAUCCCCCUCGUCCUCGAUUAUCAUCACCAUAAUAUUCUUUUCGAUCCGAAUGAGGUCCGCGAGGGCACGCAGGACAUCAUUCCUCUCUACGACCGCAUAGCUGCUACAUGGUCACGUAAGAACAUUACGCAGAAAAUGCAUUAUUCAGAGCAAACCGCUCCCGCCAUUACCCCCCGCCAGCGCCGCAAACACAGUGAUAGAGUGGCCACCCUGCCCCCCUGCAUUCCCACCAUGGACCUGAUGAUUGAGGCCAAAGACAAAGAACAGGCCGUUUUUGAACUGAUGCGAACAUUCAAACUCCCCGGUCACGAUCUUUUUAAUGACUUGAUUCCCUACACACGGACAGACGAGAACAAACCAUUCAAGCCCCCCUCGCAAGUCCAAGAAGAACGGCGGGUUCGUUGA